AUUUUAUUACUUGCAGACAAUCUAUAAAAUGAAUAUGCUGGUUCUUUACACGUUUAUAAUCAGCAUAGUUGCAUCAUUGGUAUUGUCGCAAGACGUCAAAGGUGUGAAUUUAUCUCCACCAUUCAGCUGUACAACGACUACCACUACAAGUUUAUGUAAACCUGAAAAUAUGGCAGGAAUGGCUUCUUCCCAAGGGAUCCCUAAUACGAGAGUACAACAAGGAAGACCAGGAAAAAUCGGCCCUGUUGGUCAAAAGGGUCAACGAGGUCUAAAGGGAGAUCCCUGUCAAUGCAAUAUCUUCGAUGAAGAGGAAGUGACGCAUUUGAGAUCUGAACUGUCAAAAUUACAAAGGCAAUUUGAUAAAUUGAACGGAAAUGAUCGCCAAUACCAACUGCUCGACGAAUUGAAUAGAAAUAAUAGUCAACUUCAAUUGCAAUUUGAUGAAUUGAAAGGAAAUAAUAGCCAAUUGCAACAAAACGUAAAACGAUUACUGCCUGCGGAUUGCUCGGAAUAUCGACUUGGAAGAAGAGUUGCCGCUGAAAAAGCAACAAUUGAUAUUACGUUAUAUGGAGAGAUUGCAAGUGUUAAUUGCAUUUUUGAUGAAUCGAACGCAUGGACAGUUAUUCAACGUAGAAUGGAUGGAAGUGUCGAUUUUUACAGAGGUUGGGAGGAUUACAAAAAUGGCUUCGGAAAUCCUGAUGGAGAGUUAUGGCUGGGUCUAGAUAAGCUCCACAAAAUGACUUCAAGAAAAAGCUAUAGUUUACGAAUUGAUCUUUUAAACUGGGAAGGCGAAAGAAGAUAUGCAGCUUACAGUACCUUCCGAAUUGGAGACGAAGAUUUAAAUUAUCGUCUCACUGUAUCGGGAUACUCCGGAAAUGCAAAGGAUGGGAUGAAUUAUCACAACGCUAAUCCAUUCACUACCCUUGAUAGAGAUAAUGAUGAACGCGACAGUAACUGCGCUGUAUCAUAUCACGGAGCAUGGUGGUAUAACAGUUGUUAUCAUGCAAAUCUGAAUGGAAAAUAUUACAAAAGUUCGUCAGGGCCUGGAGUCAAUGGGGUAUCUUGGUCACCUUGGGGUGGGGAUGCUUAUUCCCUCAAAUUUGUCGAAAUGAAGAUUAAGCCAAAUUACUUGGUUGCAUCAUUGGUAUUGUUGCAAGACGUCAAAGGUGUGAAUUUAUCUCCAACAUUCACCUGUACAGCUACGGCUUCUUCGCAAAGGAUCCCGAGUACAAGAGUACAACAAGGAAGACGGGGAAAAUUGGCGGAACGCACAUCAUUUCAAAACUGGCACUUCUCUGCACAAAUUUUCUUUGAGUGCCGCAUUUGGCCCGCGGCCCGCAAGUUGCACACCCUUUUCACACCCUUGCACACAAAAAAUUUCAGUAUCCAUGGCAAGCUCCAUAUACGCCGUAGUCAACGAGGUCGAAAGGGAGAUCCCUGUCAAUGCAAUAUCGUCGAUGAAGAGGAAGUGACGCAUUUGAGAUCUGAACUGUCAAAAGUACAACUGCAAUUUGAUGAAUUGAACGGAAAUUAUCGCCAAUUCCAACUGCAAUUUGAUGAAUUGAAAAGAAAUAAUCGCCAGUUGCAACAAAGCGUACUAUACAAAGCUGCGAAUUGUUCGGAAUAUAGAGAGAAGUUAAUUCAACUUGGACGAAGAGUUACUGCAGGAAAAGAAACAAUUAUUACUAUGUUAGAUGGAGAGAUUGCAAGUGUUAAUUGCAUUUUUGAUGAAUCGAACGCAUGGACAGUUAUCCAACGUAGAAUGGAUGGGAGUUUCGAUUUUUACAGAGGAUGGGAGGAUUACAAAAAUGGCUUCGGAAAUCCUGAUGGAGAGUUGUGGCUGGGUCUAGAUAAGCUCCACAAAAUGACUUCAAGAAAAAGCUAUAGUUUACGAAUUGAUCUUUUAAACUGGGAAGGCGAAAGAAGAUAUGCAGCUUACAGUACCUUCCGAAUUGGAGACGAAGAUUCAAAUUAUCGUCUCACUGUAUCGGGAUACUCCGGAAAUGCAAAGGAUGGGAUGAAUUAUAACAACGCUAAACCAUUCAGUACCCAUGAUAGAGAUAAUGAUGCACAUAGCAGUACUCACUGCGCUGAACAUUUUCACGGAGCAUGGUGGUAUAACAGUUGUUAUAAAGCAAAUUUGAAUGGAAAAUAUUACAAAAGUUCGUCAGGGCCUGGAGGCAAUGGGGUAUCUUGGCAACUUUGGGGUGGGGAUAAUUAUUCUCUCAAAUUUGUCGAAAUGAGGAUUAAGCCAAAUUAGCAAGAAGUUUGCUAAUAUUGAUCAAAAUCAGAUGAAGUUUCUAACAUCAGUAAACAGUUCACAUUAUACCUUUUCCAAUAUGACUCGUACUAGAAAUCAUCUUUAAGGUUUAACGCCUUAUAUCUGGCUGAAUUUGGUGAUAGCAAUAUAUUGAAGUAAUAAACUUUCUGACUUGAUAAAACUUCUGUUUUAUGGAGCAGUUGCAUCAACUAAGCUUGGCACUCAAAGGGUAUAAAAUUAGGAAACUUUUCAAACUUAAUAUCUUUUUAGACGUUUAAAAUGUAUUUGUAUAUUUACUUUUUACUUGUGUACUUCUUUUUUCAUUUAAAUAUUGGCAUCA